AGAGGCACGUUGUAAAAUGAAUUUUUUCGUGGUUCUCAUUCUUGCCGCACUUUGCGGAAGAAUUCGUUCGAGAAGACUAUGUUUUAUGGUCCACAAAAGAUACGAAUGUCAUGAUGGAAAGUGUGUGACGGUUAGACUGUGCUCGCCGAAGCCAUAUCAUUACAGAACAUAUGAUUUGUGCAAGUCUAAAUGCAGAAUGACAACCGCCAGCACUAAUGCCACCGAAACUAGCCGUUAAAAGUAAAAGCAGGAAGAUUUUUGAAUGAAAGAUGUUGGUAC